UCGGAGGCAACGCAGAUUCGACUGUCAUUUGCCUCCCAGCGACCGAUGCUGGCCUGACUGCCCAAAUCACGUGCCCCGCGGGUUUCUUUUUCUUUUUCUUUUUCUUUUUUCUUUUCUCGUUUUCUCCCGUCCGCCUUUCGGUCUUUCUGUCUCUCUCUCUCUCUCUCUCUCUUCUCUUCUCCUCCUCUCUGUCUUCGUCCUUUUCCUUUUCUCCCUCUCCUCUCCCACAUCCCUCUCCCGGGGUCCAAUUCCUCCCAUGGACACCCUCCGUCUUCCAUCUCCCUCCUUCUAAUCCCUUGCCACUCAUGGAGCAAAUGGAACAUCAUCUCUCCUUAUGCCGCCCUCCGACGUGGCCGACCAGCCACCCCGGUUUUAACCCCAAUCUCACACCGCAAUCCCACGGCCCCUCCCCCUCAACCUCGAACCCUCCACCCGCCGCCUCUCGACCGCCCAACCCCCAGCAGCCCCUGGUGUCCCGGGAUGCCAAACUCGUCCUCGACAAUGGCCGAAGUUAUUCCGGUCGCGGUCUCCAACUCGACCCCGAUCAACAGCUGCGGCUCGUCAAGAUCUGUCGCCGUGCCAUGACCCGCUGCGACCCGAAAGCCUACCCCAAGAGUUUCUGGAUUACCAUCGCAACCUCCUUCGAAGAAGCCACCGGUCGCCGCUACUCCUGGCAGUCGUGCCGCCGACGCAUGAUCGCCCUGGUCACCAAGCGACUCGAAUUCUGGGCCGUCUUCGACGAGUGCGUCCGUCGAAAGGAGUACCCCGACUGCGACAUCCUGGACGACGUCGCCGACGAGGUGGAUGUCUGGCUGGAGUGCGAGAAACAAGUGCCGCAGGACUGCAUAGAGAAGAAGGACGAGGCGUACCAGGUGGCCGAAGAUCAGAUCUGGCGGAAGGCUCACGCCCGCGAGGCUGACAAGCCUAACCCUCAACUGACCCGCACCCCGGAAGUCCCGCAUGGCGCAAAAAUCCAGCGGGUCGUCAAUUGGGUGAUGGGUCUGCCGUCCCUGGUCGAAAUGGAUCUACUUCCGCUGCACUGGGGUGAAUCACGAAUGGAUUUCUCCCGUCGGAGUCGGGUCAAUGCCGACGACGAUCGCCUAUUGUUGUCCCAGUCCCAGUCCCAGUCCCGAUCCCGGUCGCCCGGUCGGGAUGCCACCAUUUCCUAUCGGCAACGUUCCCGCUCUCCGCAGGCCGACCGACCCGCUCAAGCCAUCAACCCCGUGAUGGCUCUCAAUAGAAUCGGCCAAAAAUUCCACGCCGCCGCAAUGAACCUGCAUCCGCCUCUCCAGAGGCGUGUCAAUCCGACCGGAGCGGAUGAGUCCAGCACCACGCAGAGUCCCCUUCCCGUUGCUCCCGGCGUUCCUCAGUUUGCCCAACCGACCAACAAGCGACCGCGGGAUGAUGACGACGAGGCGAAUGAUCGACCGGCUCGUCGCCUUCGUCAAACCCCUCGCAGUCAUCCGUCGGAGACUCCGGUAUCUGACCCCACGGGACUACCACAAAAUCACCUGAAAAUAGUCGAGAACUCGGUGGAUUUUGCGUUUGGCAAUUUCUGGGGCGGGCUGGCUCCGCUCUUUGGGGAUUGUGACCCCCGCCAGCAAGCACAGGCUACAAAGCCGGAGUCUGUCAUGAGGGAUAUGCUGAGAGACAUUGCAACUGCGAUCACUAAGGCCGUCCUGAAAAUGCGAGAGGCCGACAACGCUGCAGCUUGAUGUUCUCACCUACUGUCGUUUUUCAUUUUUAACGUUCUCACACAUAGCAUUUGUUCCUCGUUUCUUCCCCAACGUCUUGUUCUCAUCUCUCAUGUCUUUCAGCCUUUGUUCUCUUUUUUUCUCCAUGUGCAUCAGAUUGCCUCGAGAUACCCCUUCAUUUAGAUCCGAUGUGUUGCAUUUUCGUUGCGUUAUUUACUCUCUUCGACAUAUGUUGUUUGGUUUUGUUUCGAGUUGCCUGUAUAGAAUGAACCAUUUCGGCAAAUUUUGGAUUUAAUUAAUUGCAUGAACAAAUGCGUUUUGAUCAUUCGUGUAGUAGAUAUUCUCGAUCUCAUGUAUGUACACACCAAUUUUCAAUCGGAUAUAGACCCUCUUCCU